CACUGCUGAUUCUGAACAGUACUACUGUCGACUGUAUUGCGAUAAACAGAAUUAUUCGGAUGUUUCUACUAUUUUCUUGUCUCUUCUCAACAGUAAGUAUUUCCAUUUGAAAUUGGUCAGAUUCCCUCAGAAUGAUGCAUGAAUGCAGUUGGCUAAUAAUUACGCAUAACUAUGAAAUAGUGUCGUUUCCUACGAAAAUAAUUGUUUGUGUAAAUCACCUUCAAAAGUCUAUUUUCUGAGCAUGUGCAGUAGACAUGUAACACCAUGGAUUGAAUGGCGUCACAGUACCUCUCUCCUCCCACCGUUUCGGGAUUUGGCAGGUCGUUGAUCAAGGCUUUCAUCUCUGACACUUUAAAAGGACGGUGGACGUAAACGAUUGAGGCCUACCCUUCCACACCCGCCUGUGGGUUUGGACACUGGAUCAGGGGUUUGAGAAUUGAGACAAGAGAGAAGACAGCAAGUAAGAAUGCCUGUGCACAUACUGACUGGACUCCUGCCAUGGCUACUCUUCAAAAUCAUACUCCUCUUCACAGGUGUCAGUGGCUCAGAACCUACAGUGUACUCCAGUGCGGGAGAGCUUGUCACUUUACCAUGCAACCUUAGUGGCUCUUUUAACUGUUCCUCAAUUACGUGGAACUGGUACAAUGGUCGAUCGCAAGGAGCUAUUGAAUUGGUCGCUCAUGGAGCGGUCGAAGCUAAAGAUCAACAGAUAGCUAGAAGGCUGAGAGUGAGAACUGAUUGUUCUUUGCACAUUAAUAAUCUUACCACUGCUGAUGCUGGAUGGUACUACUGUCGACUGUAUCACAAUGAUGAGAAUUCUACAGAAGUUUCUGUUUACUUGUCUAUUCUCAACAUUUUUGCGUCCUCUCCAGUGACAGAACUGAAGAUUGGUAGUACAGUUACUCUUGUCUGUAAACUCCACAGCCCUAGGCCUUGUGGAAGAAGCGUUAAUGUGAGCUGGGUUAGUGAGACAGGAGUCCAACUGCAGGGAAACAGGUACAAGCUGUCGGAGUCAGAAUGCUCCUCCAAUCUGACUGUGACACUUGAGCGCUCAGACCACAACAUGAAGUGGAGAUGCCAGCUAACUGUAGAGGGGAAGCAGAAGGCCUCACACAGUUACACCACAAGCUUCCCUGGUGUCAGUGGUUCAGAACUUACAGUGUACUCCAGUGCAGGAGAGCUUGCCUCACACAGUUACACCACCAUCUUCCCUGUUGUCAUUAGAUCGGAACCUACAGUGUACUCCAGUGCAGGAGAGCUUGUCUCACACAGUUACACCACCAGCUUCCCUGUUGUCAUUAGAUCGGAACCUACAGUGUACUCCAGUGCGGGAGAGCUUGUCUCACACAGUUACACCACCAGCUUCCCUGAUAAAAUUACGAGAGAUGUCUGGAUUGGCUCUGGAGUGGCUGUUUGUGUGGCUGUUGUCCUGAUUGUGAUAUUGAUCAUGAUAUGCAGGAGAAGAACAGUUCAAAGGAAGACGGCACAUAAUCCUGUUUCACAGAGCCACACAGUUACCGAUCAGAACAAAGGAGAGAGUGAGGACACCGUUACCUAUGCUGUGGUCAAUCCCUCUGCCGGUGGAAAAAGGAAACAAGACCAAGAAAGUGCUGUGCUCGAAACUGAAUAUGCCAUCAUUAAAACCUCGCAGAAGUCAAAUAAACCGUGAUACUUCCUAACGUAGAAGGCUUGGAAAUGACUGUAGACUCGUGCAUUUAAGUCCUGCAGCGCUUUGGGAACUUUUAGCAACACACUUCAGUGGUAACAAUCUUUUGUUUCACUGUUGACAAGGCAAAGGUGCUUGGCUCAUUAUGCCAGCAGUUUAGGGGUUGCCUACUGCGUACAGGAAGCUCAUUAACUACUGAGUUUAGGAUGAAAGGUCUUGGCCUCACAGGUGAAACCAAAUGGAAAAGCACCACAGAACAUUUCAUAGAGGGGCUAAUGGAAGGUGAAAUUUUUAGAGCUCUUUAGGUCACUUCAAAUUCACAAGCUCUGGGCUCCGCCUCCCAUUGUGCAACAUGUGGCAUAUCAUGCAAUUCACUGUAAAUUUUACGCAAUAUAGUUUCUUGUAUAAGUAUUUCUCUUUAGCAUUGUAAGCAUGUCAACAUGGCAAAGGUGUUUGGCACCAUGUUGGCUGGGGCGGCUGAUGACUGGAUGCCAGUUAAGCACCGGCUUUGGAUAAUCAUUUCUUCAUAAAAGAAACUAGAGAAGGUGAUAAGAAUAAUUUUAAAAAAUUAUAUAUACAUUUUUUUUAAAUUGGAAAAAUAUAGCUAUUAUGCAGCAUAUUUGCGUGCAACAUUCCACGUCAUGUUUAUGAGUGUAUUAGCCAGAUGGAGCUUCAUUUUUUAUAGUUAUAUGUUUAUUUAACGGCGAAUUGUGAUAAUGCAGCUCCUUUUGCUAUUGGUAGAUAAGUAGGUCAUUUUUACAUUGUUCUGUAUUAACUGGCUUUCAGUUCAGCAACAUUUCCAUGGUACAGUGCUACAUGCAAGUAUUUAAUGUAUGGAACACACCCUGGGUGUUCCAGCCACCAUGUUUGUUAUCUAAUAAAUUAGUCCUAAAUUAAUCUUCAUAUGUAAUACUGUAUAACCUGGUUUGGAGUUUGUCUGUGGACGACAAUGAUAUCCAAUAUGUGUGGAAAUAAAAUUAUAUCAAAGCCAGA